GGCUGCUGAGAACCGAACAAUGCUCUGCUACUAUUAAUCAGAUCAGUCAGAUGAUUUAUUUUUUGGCGUUCGUGUUUUGAUUAUCUUCUUUUACAUGGAAUAAGGCUGCUUUUCGCGAAAAAAGGUGUAUGCACAAGGAAGAGUUAAGUAUAGGGGUUGCGAUUUAAGCUUCGCUCUUUUUGACUGCGGCUUAGAGAACUAGUAACUAGUGGAAAGAGAGGCGGCUGGGGGCAUGAAAAGCAACGUUUCAACGGUCCGGUUUCAGAGAAACGCUUCUUUUUGGAUGAAGUCGACUCGACCUUACUUGGACUGCAUAUACCAUUAAACAUUUUUUUUUAAUUAAAGUAAACCACUGUAGCUGGCCACAGUUCGAUCAUGGCACACAUUGACGACGAAAAGGGGAAAGUGGACCUCUCCGAAGACUAUCGAAUCGACUCUGGUCUCGAUUCGUUGAGAUCAAUCAACAAAGAUGAACAGUGUAUCAAAACAGUGCAAAAACCGAGCAGCGAGGAGACUGACGUCCACAGGGACAAGAUGGAUAGCAUAACCGAGGAACGUUUGGACUCCUCGUAUGGCUCUUCGUCGCUCACAGUUGACAAUUUGAGUGAGAUAAUAGAAGGUUGCAAGAUCACGGAACCCCCCGAUGCAGAAAGCGCACAGUGCACUGAUCAGGAAGUAAACCUUCUAACUACAAUCACUGAAGAUGGAGACACGAUUUUACACCUUGCUAUUAUCCACGAAGAGACAGAAUUUGCACUGCAACUCAUACAGCUUUUUCCCAAAGAUGUGCUGGACAUUCAGAAUAAUUUGUACCAGACCCCCUUGCACUUGGCCACCUAUCUGGACUUGCCGUCAGUGGUACAGGGCCUGGUGCAGAAGCAGGCCAGCCUGGAACUGCAGGACCAGGAGGGAAACACACCCCUGCAUGUUGCCUGUGACCAGGGGCGGGGGGAGUGCGCAGGGGAGAUGACCAGUCAGAUGUCCCCUAGGCAGGUGGCUGUGGUGGUGGAGAUACAGAACUGGAGAGGUCUGACCUGCCUUCACCUGGCAACACUGCGCAGAAAUCACCGCAUGGUCAAGCUCUUAAUGAAGAAAGGGGCAAACCUUAAUGUGCCGGAAGGGACGAGCGGGAAGACGGCUCUGCACAUGGCGGUGGAGCUCCACGACGUUACCAUGGUGAAGCUGCUCCUGAACAAAGGGGCCAACGUGGACGCCGCCAUGUUCAACGGCUGCACCCCGCUGCACCUGGCCGUGGGGCGGCAGGAUGCUGCCAUGGCGCACAUCCUCUGCCAGUCCGGAGCCGACAAGAUGCUGAAGAACAUGGAGGACGAGACCCCGCUGGACCUCGCCGACGGCAACGAUCAUAUCCUGGCUCUCUUUCCCUUUGACGACAUCCAGAUCUCCGGCCGGUCAGUCGUCGGAAUGAAAUUUUAACAGUCGUCCGGAGCUCGGAAGAUUUGAAGAUUUGUUUGUGCAAAGUCGACGCCCUGUGAACUCAGCUUCGGCAGUCACCAUCGAGAUAUUGUGGUUGAUUUGAAUGUUAAACAUCAGAUUUGAAACAUACAGUGUCCUCCAAGAUGAAACAAAUUAUUAAACCUUUUGUUACAGAAGCAGAUGGCUGGAUUUAUAAAUGCAAAAUAUCUUAGCUCACCAUCCCACAUAAUGUACAGUACUAUAUAUUAUCUAUUUAUGCAAUGCAUAAU